GGCUCCGCCCCCGCCCCUCCGGCGCUCGGGAGCCCGAGUCCGCAGGAAGAUGGCGGCGCCGCUAGUACCCCUCUCACAGCAGGUUCCCAGUGGAAAUCCAUUGUACGAGUCUUAUUAUAAGCAGGUGGACCCUGCGUACACAGGGAGAGUUGGGGCCAGUGAGGCUGCGCUGUUUCUGAAGAAGUCGGGGCUCUCAGACAUCAUCCUGGGGAAGAUAUGGGACUUGGCGGACCCGGAAGGUAAAGGGUUCUUGGAUAAACAGGGUUUUUAUGUUGCACUGAGACUGGUGGCCUGUGCCCAGAGUGGCCAUGAAGUCACCUUGAGCAAUCUGAACCUCACCAUGCCACCACCGAAAUUUCAUGACACCAGCAGCCCCCUGAUGGCCACACAGUCGUCUGCAGAGAGCCACUGGGCCGUGCGGGUGGAGGAGAAGGCAAAGUUUGACGGCAUCUUUGAAAGCCUCCUACCACUCAAUGGUCUGCUGUCUGGAGACAAGGUCAAGCCGGUCCUCAUGAACUCAAAACUACCUCUGGAUGUGCUGGGCAGGGUCUGGGACCUUAGUGACAUUGACAAGGACGGACAUCUGGACCGAGAUGAGUUUGCUGUGGUAAGUCCUCUGUUUCCCGUUCCCACCCUGCUGAAGCCUAAGGAAGUAGUCAUGUUGGAAGAUCCUUUCAAAAACAAAGCCUUAUUGUUUAGCAACAAUUCCCAAGAGCUGCAUCCAGACCCCUUCCAAGCGGAGGACCCCUUCAAGUCCGACCCAUUUAAAGGAGCUGACCCCUUCAAAGGUGACCCUUUCCAGAACGACCCCUUCUCAGAGCAGCAGGCAACAACUGCAGACCCAUUUGGAGGGGACCCUUUCAAAGAAAGUGACCCAUUCCACAGCUCAACCAGUGAUGACUUCUUCAAGAAACAGACAAAGAAUGACCCGUUUACCUCAGACCCUUUCACCAAGAACUCCUCCUUACCUUCAAAGCUCGACCCAUUUGAGUCCAGUGAUCCCUUCUCAUCCUCCAGCAUCUCCUCGAAAGGAUCAGAUCCCUUCGGAACCCUAGACCCCUUUGGAAGCAGCUCUUUCAGCAGUGCCGAGGGCUUUGCUGACUUCAGCCAGAUGUCCAAGCCCCCACCUUCUGGCCCCUUCUCCUCCUCCUUGGGAGGCGCAGGAUUCUCAGAUGACCCCUUUAAAAGUAAACAGGACACUCCCGCUCUGCCUCCGAAGAAGCCCGCUCCUCCACGGCCCAAACCGCCCAGCGGUCAGAGUACACCUGUAAGCCAGCUGGGUUCUUCAGUCUUCCCCGAGCCCCCCGAUCCAUUCCAGCCACUUGGGGCUGACAGCGGCGACCCGUUCCAAAAUAAAAAGGGGUUUGGGGACCCAUUUAGUGGCAAAGAUCCAUUUGCCCCCUCCUCUUCAGCAAAACCUCCUAAGGCCUCUUCCUCCGGCUUUGCCGACUUCACCUCUUUUGGCAAUGAGGAGCAGCAGUUGGCCUGGGCCAAGCGGGAGAGCGAGAAAGCCGAACAGGAGCGGCUGGCGAGACUACGACGACAGGAACAGGAGGACCUGGAGCUGGCCAUAGCCCUCAGCAAGGCUGACAUGCCAGCCUAGUGAGCAGGGGAAGCUGCAGCUGUCUGUAUGUACACACCCAUGCUCAGAGCGUGCCCAGCUUCAAGCCGUGCCAUGCCACAGCCAAGGACAAGCAGGCCACUGGGCCUCAGGCUGCAGGGGCCUUUUCAGAGGCAGAAGACAGGGCUCACCCCUGUAGGUGGGCCAGGAGGGCAGCUGUAGGUAAAAGGCCUAGAACCUUCAAGAUCAUUUAAUGGCUGGCAGAGGCCUCCAGUCUCCUGGCUGUAGACAAGCCCCGCCCCAGCCCUUCCCUGAAUCCAUGAGGACACACACACACACACACACGCACGAUGUAUGCAUUCGUUGUAUAAAAAUGAAGUUUGAAUGAUUAAUAUAAAAUAUUUUAAU